CUAUGCUCACUUUGUUGAUUCCGAAGCCGAAAAGCCAUAAACACAAACAUGAAUGAAACAUAGACAAGGGUCAUUUCUUGUAGUUCGCGGACAAAUUUUUGAAAGCGAUAUACAUUUCUGUAGAAAAAAGGUUGAAUACCUUGUAAAAGUGAGAGUGAGAAUCAAAUCAAUCGAGGCGAACGACAUUGACGGAUUCGAAUUCUUGCAUUGCUCGUUCGACUGGAAUCGAUUGCUUAGCGAAACUUCCGAUAAUCCACCAUUUCAUCAACAGCAAUGGCAGCGAUUUGCUCUCACUCUAUUGUUCGAUCGGAGAAAAGCUCCCUCCCUACUCACUUCUACUCCAGUAGAGGUAUUCGGCGAUCGGUGAAAUUUUCCGGCGGCCUUUCAGGGUUUUCUGUCGCUUCUCCGGCUAGGUUUCCUGCUCGUUUUCCUUCAAUCACUUGCCAGACCUCUGCAACUUUCCCUUCUCCGGUUGUAUCAAAAGGUGUAUUGAAAGCAGAGAAGAAGGACUUCCUUCACCUCAGUGAUUUUGAUAAAUCCACCCUCAUGAAGAUCUUAGACCGUGCAAUCGAAGUUAAGGCGCAACUGAAAUCUGGAGAUAGGACAUUUCUCCCAUUUGAAGGGAAGACAAUGGCUAUGAUAUUUGCAAAACCAUCCAUGAGAACCAGAGUUUCAUUUGAGACUGGUUUCUUCUUGCUAGGGGGGCAUGCCAUAUAUUUAGGGCCCGACACUAUCCAAAUGGGAAAAAGAGAGGAAACUAGGGAUAUUGCUCGUGUUCUGUCUCGAUAUAAUGAUGUCAUCAUGGCCCGUGUUUUUGGUCAUCAGGAUAUUCUUGAUUUAGCAAAAUAUGCAACCGUGCCUGUAAUAAAUGGCCUGACGGAUUACAACCAUCCUUGUCAAGUAAUGGCUGAUGCACUCACUAUGAUUGAACACAUUGGCAAGUUAGAAGGAACUAAGGUUGUGUAUGUUGGAGAUGGAAAUAACAUGGUGCACUCGUGGUUGUUGUUGGCAUCAGUUGUACCUCUCCACUUUGUUUGUGCCUGUCCUAAAGGUUUUGAGCCGGAUAAGAACACAGUUGAAAAAGCCCGGCAAGCUGGAAUUAGCAAGAUCGAGAUUUCCCAUGAUCCCAAGGAAGCAGUGAAAGGCGCUGAUGUUGUGUAUUCAGAUGUCUGGGCAAGUAUGGGACAAAAAGAGGAGGCUGAAUAUCGGCGUAAAGCGUUUCAAGGCUUCCAGGUUAACGAAGAGCUCAUGAAUUUAGCAGGUUCAAAGGCUUAUUUCAUGCAUUGCCUUCCAGCAGAGAGAGGCGUAGAGGUGACAGAUGGGGUAAUUGAGGCUCCCAACUCCAUUGUCUUUCCACAAGCUGAGAACCGAAUGCACGCACAGAAUGCUAUAAUGCUUCAUGUUCUUGGCUUAUGAUUGUGUCCAGCACUUAAUAAUGGAAUAUGCCAAUUCAUGUUUCAAUAAUAGUAUGGCUGAGGUUAACUAGUUUAUGAUUCUCUACCGUACUGUCUUUUGUUUUUGCAAACUGGAACCUACUUUUUGCAGUACAGUUUUAACUUUUGCAGCUAGUGUUUGUCA